UUGUAUAAAAAGGGGAGCCCCGCUCCAGGACAGAUCAGAUCACUCUUUGGAAUAUUCCAAACGGUUUGGAUCUCAUGUGAUUGGGCAAAAUGAAAUUGGACCUUUGCUUUUCCUCACUCACUGGCUCUGUGUGAUAUUUUUCAAGACUUGAACGGAGAAACGACUGAAUUAGCGUAAGUAUAACUCUGCUGAAAAUUCUUAACUUGUGUUAUACGUACUGUUUAGUGGACACAGAAUUGUUCCACAGAAGAGAGUUCCAAAGUGAAGGAGCGUAGACAGAAAAAGCCCUGUCACCCAUAGAUUUUAGCCGGGUUUGUUUAACAGUUAACAGAUUACACUGUGAGGAGCGUAGUCUGUGAUUUGGGGUGUAAGGGAUUAAUAAGCCAGAUAAGUAAUGCUGAGCCAAGCCAUGUAAUGCCUUGUAUGUCAACAUCAUGAGCUUAAAAUCGACACAGACCCUGACCGGGAGCCAGUGCAAGGACUCCAGAACAGGAGUAAUAUGUUCACAUUUCCUGGUCCCCAUCAGGAUCCUGGUGGCAGAGUUUUGAACAUAUUGCAAUUUGUUAAUUGUGGAUUUAGAAACUCCGGCUAAAAUAGGCAUUACAGUAGUCCAGCCGAGUGACAACAAAUGAUUUAAUCAACUUUUCAGCCACAGAGAAGUUUAGCAUUGAGCACAGUUUAGCUAUAUUUCUGAGGUGAAAAAGGAUGCUUUAACAGUGCUCUGAACAAAAGAAUUGAGUGUGAGGCUGGUAUCGAAAAUUACUCCAAGGUCCCUCAUUUUACUUUGGGUCUCUAGAACAGAGCCAUCAACAAACAGAGACAGUGGACCAGCUUUGUGAAUUUGAUGAAGGGAGCCUAUAAGCACAACUUCGGUUUUCCCGCUGUUCAGGCACAGAAAAUUAUUAUUCAUCCAUGUUUUUAUUUCAGAAAUACAGUCAGAAAGGAAACAAACAUCAAGGUUUUCACCAGAUUUUGAGUGAAUGUAGAUUUGGGUAUCAUCAGCAUGAAAGUGAUAAUGGAGGCAGAGUGCCAGACCUGUAGCCACCCAUAGAAAUGAACUGGGAACGGUCAGUAAAAUAGGAUUUAAACCCGUUUAAAACUGUCCCAGACACACCAAAAACACUUUCAAGCACAUAAGUAAAAGACCAUGAUCCACAGUAUCGAAAGCAGCUCUAAGAUCAAGAAGAAUAAGAAUGGAAGUACUCCAGAAUCAGAGGCCAUCAACAAGUGAUUGGUAACUUUGACCAAUGCCAUUUCAGUACCGUGAAGUUUACGAAAACCUGACUGAAGGGGUUCAAAGAGUUUAUUAAUUGUAAGAUGAUUACAUAGUUGAGAGGCAACAACCCACUCAAGUAUUUUUGCCAAAAACGGAAGAUUUGAAAUGGGACGAAAAUUGUUAAAAUCAGACACAGAAACAUUUUUUUUCUUUGGUACAGGUGUAACAGCAGCAGUCUUUAGUACUGCUGGAAUGACCCCAGUCUCCAGUGAUUCAUUUAUAAUGCUGAGGAUAUUAGGGCACCAAACAUCAAAGCAUGAUUUAAAUAGGUUUGUGGGAAUUGGAUCCAGCAAGCAAGUGGUUGAUUUCAUGCUGGAUUCCUCCCUUGUGAGAGCCUCGGAUUCAAGCAGGGAGAAAUGAGUGAAAGAAACACCAGUGAACCCAGAUGGACGAAGGAGUGAAGGGGCAGAGUCAGGUGUGACAGGAAUUUCUUUGCAAACAUUAUCAAUCUUCUGAAGAAAAGAAUUACAUAGCUGAUGAGAAACAGGAAAAGUGGUAACAGUAUUAACUUGAAGCAGUCUGUUUAUGGUUUGGAACAAUCGUCUGGGAUUAGUUUGAAUAUUUACAAUAGCCUGAGAGAAGUAAGAGGAUCUUUCAGUCUCCAUUAGUGCUCGAUAAUCACCCAGAAGAUCCUUCCACGCUUGAUAGUAGACAUUCAGUCCAGUAAGGCGCCAUUUGGGCUCCAUUUUCUGACAAGCAGCCUUUCUAGAGCGCAGAUUGUCAUUAUACCAGGGAGCAGAGCGGGCGAAUGUGACCGUAUGUGACCUUAGAGGAGCAAAAGAGUCAAGAUUAGAGCAGAAUUUAACUGCAGAACUUUCUCCUCCAGCGAUGAGGGAUGUAGAUCGUUUAAGGUAGAAACAACAGAAUUGGAGAGAACUGUCUGAUCAAUAGACUUCCACUUCCGGAAGGUUACUGUUGGGAUGGUAGGCUCACUUGGAUGAUACAGUUCCAGGUUAAAGAAAACAGCUGAAAGAUCAGACAGUCCAAUGUCAACAGAUGAAAACUGUGACACAAACGAGCCGUUUGCAAUCACGAGAUCCAGGGUGUGGCCCUUGUUAUGAGUCGGGUCAGUUACAAACUCUGUGAAGCUAAAACAAUCAAUCAGCGACAGAAAUUCAGCGACAGUCAAACUUCAUUCUCAACAUUGACAGGAAGUCAGCAAACUCUGACAUAAAAGCUGCAUGUGUCUUAGCCUUAGGUGGUUUAUAGACUGUAGCGGUGAUGGUAGAUAUAGGAGCAGAAGUAUUCAAGACCAGGCAUUCAAAUGAUAAAACUGGGGAACGGACACAGAGCUUAUGUUGAACUACAAGUUGUAAACCAUAAUAAUGCCUCUGCCUCUGCCAGAUAACCUCGGGAGAUCUAAUACUCCAAAGCCCGCUGGAGAGAUCUGGUUAAACAGGAGUCCAUAAUUUCCUUUAUGCCAGGUUUCAGUUAAAAACAACAAGUCCAGCUUUUUAUCUGUAAGAAAAUCCGAUAAAAGCAGCGCCAUGUAAUUCACGGACCGCGAAUUGAAUAAUGCAGCAUAGGCCUGGCUCUGAAGUGGAGACGACAGUGGUUUAAUUUCCACAUGGGGAAACGAUAUUAAAUUACUGUGAUCAACACCAGUAUGGGACAGUUUGUUAAAUUUAAAAGCUGGCGUGUAGUGUACCUUAACGCCAUGGUCAUUGACUGCACACUCACAAGUGUAGUACACUAGUAAGUGAGUGUACACUCACGUACCCUGUCACCAGAAACGGAAAUGAUCUCAACUCAAAAACACUCAAACUCACUUCAUUCUCAAAAACACUUCAUUCAUUGAGUAAAAUCUUUCACUUGAGUAAACCAUUCACUCUAUCUAGGGUUGGCAGCCAUCCACACCUUAUAAACAGGAUUGUCCUGUAUUGAAAAGUAAAAUGCUGCAUCCUUUGUUGAGUUAAUAUGUGACCUGAUUUGUCACUCUUUUUUAUGUCCAUCGUUUCAUACAUACACUGAGUCUACACAGUGGUGAGAAUAAUAAUAGUGAAUAAAAUCAAACCAGUUUCAUAAAAAAAUAGCAGAGAAUCAGAAUCUAAAUCAGUGCUAUGGGACAGAGAAUAACAGACACACACUGUGCACGUCAACAUCAUCAUUGUCCUGGCUAUGGAAUCUGUGGUUCUGAAAAACGUCUUCCAAAAUAAGUUUUUAUACAAAAUUGUGUUUGUAUUUAUCUCUGAUUAGAAAACAUUACCUGUUCAUUCAAAUUGAUUUGUUACAUCAUUAACGGCCUACAGGAAAUAACCUAGAAUACCUAGAAUUAAAACAGGGCCAGAUGAGCACUGUGUUUUCUGAAGGUUAAUGCACUUAAAAAUAAUUAUUGUAGCAAAAUUAAGGUAAAGGUUUAGACAAUAGUGUUUAAGUGAUGGAAGUUAUCUUCUUUAACAGCUACAGUUUUUGUUCACAGUGUUCCACAGGGAGCAGGAGACAGAAUAGAAAAGAACAUCAUCACAGAUACAGGGCACGACCCAGAAUCUGCUGCUGUGAAUGAAUUCCAGAAAAAGUUCAAAUUAAACCUGAUGAAGAAGUUUGAGUGUUUGAAUGGAGUGAUAAUAAACCUGGGAAACCAAACACUCCUGAAUGAGAUCUACACAGAGCUCUACAUCACAGAGGGAGAGAGUGGAGAAGUCAAUAAAGAACAUGAGGUGAGACAGAUCGAGGCAGCAUCCAGGAGAACAACAACAGAGGAAACACCAAUCAAAUGCAAUGACAUCUUUAAGCCCUUAUCUGAACAAGACAAACCCAUCAGAACUGUGCUGACAAAGGGAGUCGCUGGCAUCGGAAAAACAGUCUCUGUGCAGAAGUUCAUUCUGGACUGGGCUGAAGGGAAAGCAAAUCAAGACAUCCACCUCAUAUUUCCACUUCCUUUCAGAGAGCUGAAUCUGAUGAAGGACCAGAAACUGAGUCUGAUGGAGCUCCUUCAUGUCUGUUUUAAUGAAACAAAAGAAACAGAAAUGUCCAGUUUAGAAAAGGUUCUGUUCAUUUUUGACGGAUUGGACGAGUGUCGUUUUCCUCUAGAUUUCCAGAACACAGUGAGAGUGUGUGAUGUAACUGAAUCAGCAUCAGUGCAUGUGCUGCUGAUAAACCUGAUCAAAGGGAAUCUGCUUCCCUCUGCUCUCAUCUGGAUCACCUCUCGACCAGCAGCAGCUGAUCAAAUCCCCUCUGAGUGUGUCCAUCGAGUCACAGAGGUACGAGGGUUCAAUGACCCACAGAAGGAGGAGUACUUCAGGAAGAGAAUCAGUGAUCAGAGCCUGGCCAAUAACAUCAUCACACACCUGAAGUCAUUAAGAAGCCUCUACAUCAUGUGCCACAUCCCAGUCUUCUGCUGGAUUUCAGCCACUGUUCUAGAGAGAAUGUUGGGUGAAGCAGAGAGUGGAGAGAUCCCCAAGACUCUGACUGAAAUGUACACACACUUCCUCAUCAUUCAGACAAACAUCAUAGGAGAAAAAUACUCCAAGAAGCAGGAGAGUGAUGAAGAAAUGCUUCUUAAACUGGGACAACUGGCUUUUCAGCAGCUGAAGAAAGGGAACCUGAUCUUCUAUGAGGAAGACCUGAGAGAGUGUGGCAUUGAUGUGAGAGAAGCAGCAGUGUACUCAGGUGUGUGUACGCAGAUCUUCAGAGAGGAGUUUGGGCUUCACCAGAGUAAAGUGUACUGCUUUGUACAUCUGAGCAUUCAGGAGCACCUCACAGCUCUGUAUGUGCACCUGACAUUCAUAAUGGAAAAGAGAAAUGUUCUUUUACAGCAUCAGGUCUCUAAAUGGUGGAUGGAAAAAAUGACAAUCUCAGAUGUACACAAGAGUGCUGUAGAUCAGACUUUAGAAAAUCAGACUGGACAUCUGGAUCUUUUCCUUCGCUUUCUUCUGGGUCUCUCAGUGAAGUCCAAUCAGAAACUCUUACAGGACUUAGUAACACAGACAGGAAGUAGCUCCCAGAGCAUAGAGGAAACAGUUCAGUACAUUAAGGAGAAGAUCAGUGAAGAUCUUCCUACAGAGAAAUCCAUCAAUCUGUUCCACUGUCUGAAUGAACUGGGUGAUAAUUCUCUAGUGGAGGAAAUACAACACUACCUGAAAUCUGGAAAACAAAGUGAACUCUCUUCUUCACAGUGGUCUGCACUGGUGUUUGUGUUACUGACAUCAGCACAGGAGCUGGAAGAAUUUGACCUGAAUAAAUAUACCAGUACAGAUACGAUAAGAGAAACUGUUCUUCUGAAGCUGAUGCCUGUGAUUGCCGCAUCCAGAAAAGCAAUUAUCAGGUGUGAUUCACUUGGAGUGAGACGUUGGUCAGCUCUGGUCUCAGCACUCAGCCCAGAAACCUCCAAUCUGAGAGAACUGCAUCUGACUGUGAAAACACUGGAUCUGUAUGGGAAUGAACUAGGAGACUCAGAAUUGAAGAGUCUCUGUGUUGGACUGGAGAAUCCUCACUGUAAAGUGGAGACACUGGGGUUGUUUAAGUGUCGUGUCUCAGAUGAAGGCUGUGCUGCUCUGACUUCAGCUCUGAGAUCAAACCCCUCACACCUGAGAGGGCUGGAUCUGUCCUAUAAUAAUGUAGGACACUCAGGAGUGAAGAGUCUCUCUACUGUACUGGAGAAUCCUCUCUGUAAAUUGGAGAUACUGAGGUUGGAGUGUUGUGGUGUCUCAGAUGAAGGCUGUGCUGCUCUGACUUCAGCUAUGAGAUCAAACCCUUCACACCUGAGAGACCUGAAUCUGUCCUGGAAUAAUAAUGUAGGAGACUCAGGAGUGAAGAGUCUCUCUGCUGUACUGGAGAAUCCUCUCUGUAAACUGGAGACACUGAGGUUGCGUGAUUGUGGUGUCUCAGAUGAAGGCUGUGCUGCUCUGACUUCAGCUCUGAGAUCAAACCCCUCACACCUGAGAGAACUGGAUCUGUCCUUUAAUAAACUAGGAGACUCAGGAGUGAAGAGUCUCUCUGCUGUACUGGAGAAUCCUCUCUGUAAACUGGAGAUACUGUGGUUGCGUGAUUGUGGUGUCUCAGAUGAAGGCUGUGCUGCUCUGACUUCAGCUCUGAGAUUAAACCCCUCACACCUGAGAGAACUGCAUCUGUCUGAUAAUAAUGUAGGAGACUCAGGAGUGAAGCUACUCUCUGCUAUUAAGGAUGAUAAACAUUACAAACUACAGACACUGGAUUUGAUGAACAUCUGUGGAUACGAACAGUGGACAGGAAAUGUCCAAAUGUCCAGAAAAAGGACAGGAAGAGUUUCAAGACAUAGGUGGAAUUUUUACCUGACAGGAUUGGCAUCUGAGGAGUUUAUCUGAUGAAGCCUCUAGGAGACUCACUACAAUUCACAUUUAUCACUUUGUCCUUUGGUACAUUAGUGUAGCAGUGCUGUUGUACUAAAUAUCAACACUCUUGGAACACUGCUUAUCUGAUCAAAUUAAUGGACCAGAACUAACUGUUGUAUGAUAUCUUUUUAAUGGUUUAUGUGAUUUUUCUGUGUUUAUGUGAAUAAUAUUUGUUUACUAAUUGUAAUAUGUUUUAAUAUCUUUACACAUUGUCGUGGCAAACAAUCUUUCCAGCCUAAGUCAAAAAAACGUCAGAGACAGAGCGUUAGUAGAUGUCAAGAAGUAAUUAAAAUUUAUUGAAACAAUAAAGUGAGAGUCUGCAGUAAGUCUCCAUCCAUCCAUCCAUCCAUCUUUUAUACCGCUUAUCCUUUUCAGGGUCACGAGGAAACCUGGAGCCUAUCCCAG